AUGCAUAAUAGUAAACGUGAAAUACUUUCUGUUAUUUCACAGAUCUUUGAUCCUCUAGGCCUUCUAAGUCCUCGUGUAAUGACAAUGAAAAUGUUGCUUCAAAAAUUAUGGUUACACAAACUGUCUUGGGAUGAACAACUGCCUCCGGAAGUUAAUAAACUUUGGUCCGAAUUGAUUGUUGAUUUACCGGAAUUAAAUAAAAUUAGGAUUCCACGACGUGUUAUUAUUGAUUCAUACCAGUUUUUAGAAUUUCACAUUUUCUGCGAUGCGUCUGAACGAGCCUACGGUGCGUGCCUAUACGUACGUAGCGUUAGUGAUGAGGGUGAUGUAUUAGUGCGUUUAUUAGUAGCUAAAGGUCGAGUUGCUCCGCUUAAACCCACAACUAUUCCGAGGUUGGAACUUUGUGGUGCCCUGGUGGGAGUUCGUAUAUAUGAAAAGGAUUUAACGCCAUUGACGCCAGGACAUUUUUUAAUUGGACGCCCCUUAGCAUUAUUACAAUCGCCAAACUACGAACAUCGCCCUGUAAAUUCCUUAACUCGCUUCCAACGAAUAGAACAGCUGAGACAACAUUUUUGGACUCGAUGGAGCAAGGAAUAUAUAUCGGAACUUCAGAUAAGAAUCAAAUGGAGGUCAUGUAAGGGUUCGCUGAAACUCAACUCUUUGGUUCUUUUAAAAGAGGAUAACUUGCCGCCACUAAAAUGGAGAAUGGGGAGAAUUGUGGCUGUCCAUCCCGGUCCAGAUGGGAUCAUCAGAGUUGCAGAUGUCAAGACGUCCAAUGGCGUAGUUCGAAGAUCAUUUAGCAAAAUUUGCCCAUUACCCGACCUUUCUGAAGAUGGAAAUUCUGGUUGAAAGGGAAUCUUUCAACGUCCGGGGGUAUGUUGGCGCAAGCGCCUGUUAAAACUGUGAAGCAAUUUAGU